AUGGAUUCAACACAAACUCAAGUAUAUGAAGAUUUUGUUCCAUCAACAAAAUUGGUUCAAGAAGAACAUUUGGACACUCUUCACCUUACUCUUCAAGGUUUCAAGAAGGAAGAGCUGAGGGUUGAACUGAACAAAACAGGAACUCUGAAGAUCAGUGGACAAAGGCCAGUUGGGAAGUCGAAUAAGUGGCGGAGAUUUCAGAAGGAGUUUCCUGUUGCAGUAAGCUGCGACAGAAGCAAAAUCAGCGCGAAGUUAGAAAACGGAAUUCUUCAUGUUAUACAGCCAAAAAUGAAAACUUCAUCAGAGAAAAAGGAUAACAAAUUGAUAGCUACAUUAGCUGAAAACACCCCUGCAGCAAAUAGACAGACUACAACUUUACGAGACGAGUUUAGUAAACAGGACAAUGCUGGUACUAAUACCAGUUCUAAAGAAGAACCAAAGACCAAUAGUCCUAAAAACAGUGAGCAAACAGAAGGUAAAAGUAGUUCAAGUAGUAGUUCUUACAGUGAGUCGACAGAUGAUGAAACAAUCGGAAAUGUGAGUUGUUUGGCUGCAAACAUGAAGAAGACAAGGAAGGUGAUGAAAAUGAUUCUUGUUGCUCUUUCAGUUCUUGGCAUUGGACUCUAUGUUGCCAACGUGAUGAAGUCUGCAAACGGCGUUGAAGAAUGA